GGCGAGCAACAUGUGAACGUGUGGCAAGUUCAACUGUUCCGUUCAACGCUGUGUAAAAAGAUUUAAUUCUAGAAUUAAACAUUCACAUUGCCUUUUAACAAACAGUCGUGCUAAAAACCGGUACCGAAUCGCAAAGCUUAACGGAACGUCAAAGUGAAUGUACCAUCCAAAUGACAAAUUAAAAAGUUUUUAUUUUUCUUAUAUUGGUACGAGAUUUUAUUGAUUGUUUUCUUUCAUAAGAUUUUCGGCCAGACGGCGACUGAAAUUGCAAGUUACUGUGAUAUAUUUAUUUUCAAUAAUUAACUAUUCUUAUCAACCAAUUAAAUGAGCAGGGAUAUCGAGUUAUGUCUAUAAGUAAUGGAAGGUACAGAAGUGGGUGGCGACCAGCAAUUUUGUUUGAGAUGGAACAAUUUUCAAGCGAAUAUCACAUCUCAAUUCGAGGCGCUGCGCGAUGAUGAGGACUUCGUCGAUGUCACAUUGGCGUGCGAGGGACACAGGCUGGAGGCCCACAAAGUGGUUCUCUCGGCAUGCAGUCCAUAUUUCAAGGAGUUAUUUAAAAACAAUCCAUGUCCUCAUCCCAUAAUAUUCAUGCGCGACUGCGAGGUGUCGCACGUGCGCGCCCUACUGCAGUUCAUGUACGUGGGGCAGGUGAACAUCGCGCAGGCGCAGCUCAGCGCCUUCCUGCGCACCGCCGACGCGCUGCAGAUACGAGGCCUCACCGACUGCUCGCAACACAACGACAAAAAAGUGAAUCGAAAAUCGCCCCCUUCCCAAUUACGCAAUUUGCUCAGCGCCAAGCCGUCACAUUCUACCUCCUCCUCCAAAGCCGCAAGCCAAAAUGUAGAAACGACCUCUGCCGACGACCAGGAACAAACCACUACUCGUCGCUCAACGAGAAAUUCUCCCGAUGUUGCCAGGAACAAUCUCAACGAAGAAGCUACGUUUCAAACUUCUAGUCAUAUUUGGCCUAAGAACGAUGACUAUAGAGAGAUUUGCAACCAUCCCCCUUUGAGGGUCAAAACGGAUCUCGAAGCGCCAGAGGUGAAAAAUGAAGAGAGUGACAUACUCAUGGACCCUGGUGACUCUGAAAAAACGGAUAAAAGUCAAGAGUUCACCGCGUCUGAUCUCCUAGAACCUAAAAUGGAGGUCAUGGAACAGGAGGCUAGCGAUGAGGAGCGAUCAAGUUUCCCGCAAAUGUAUUACAACGAAAACAAUGCUCUAGCGAACCCAUUUGCCGCAUUACCAGGUAACGUGGACAUCAUGGCCGGAAUGCCAGCGGAUCUACGGGACGAGAACGCGGAAGGUGUUGCAAUGGGCCGAUGGGACGGGCGGCGCAACCGGCCCGUGCCGGACGCCGUGUGGCUCGAGCAGCACCGGCGCGCGCUGCCGUUCGUACUCAAGCGGGAGAACGAGCGAGGCGCCGCGGCACCGCGGCUGAUAAAACUGGGCGAGGGCGUGGAGAUCCGCGAGGAGCUGCUGCGCGGCGUGAAGUGGGGCGACUACCGCAAGGUGACGCGCGGGCUCGCCGCGGCGCUGUUCUCGCCCAUCGAGCUCGCCACGUGCUCCGUCACGGGGCAGCGCUGGUCCCGCGCCGGCCAGGAGUCGCGCCCCACCAAGCCGCCGCUCGACCGCCGCCGCGUGCACGCGCUCAUCUCCUACGUCAGCAGGCACUUCCCCGACGUCGAGGUCAGCCGCAUCAAGCAGGUGCUCGCCUACAAGUGCAAGGAGAACUGCGCCGCGCUGCGCAUGCGCACCGCCAGGCUGUCGAACUGUUUCAGCGACUCGACCAACUACCUGCUGAGCGCGGCGGCGCGCCCCGCCGGCGCCGACGACGCGCCGCCCUCCACCGCGCGCACCUCCUACCACAAUUUCGAGGCGUCGAAGGGCCCCGGCACGGGCUCCGGCGGCGGGGGUGCGGGCGGCAGCGGCGGCGGGGCGGGCGGCGGGGGCGAGUUCCCGCGCGGCCCGGCGGAGGAGCCGGAGGGCGAGCCGCAGUGAUGCUCUCUCCUUGCCGCGUUGCAUAUCACUUUCGUAAUCUUGUUAUUUUUUACCAAAAAAGAGAAAAUCUAGAAGUGUACGUCGCCGGCCGCCCCCCGGCGCGAGUGGCGGAUAUUCAUAUUUAUUUAGUGAUAUUUUUCUAUUGGCUACUGAUAAGAUUUUAUCUCGUUACGAGUGCGUCGGGUCGCGAAUGCGUCGCGCCCGAGCUCUAGCAAUAAUUUAUCAGGUUCCUAAGACGUGUUUUGUAGUUAGGUUCUAUUGCACGAAUUUUCGCGAACACUGCCGCUUUGUUUCUAAAUCGGUCGGCGGACGCGCGGCGUCCGUCGCUGCCUUGGUUGCGGGCCGGGGGCCGACGGCGGCCGGUGACGACCGCGGCGGUCGGUCGGUCGGUCGGUCGGUCGCUCAUCGGGUCGUCUGGUCGUCGGCUCGUUUUGUCGUUACGUUGAAAUUUGUAUAUGAGGCAUUUAAGUGCUGUACGAGGGACCGUUGCAAUUGCAAAAUAAAUAUAUCAAGAUGGCAUAAUUUUUAGAGCUAACGUAGAGAUAUUAUAGUCAUUUCGUUUUAUAGGUGUAAAUGAUAAAGAAUUUAUUUUGGAGCGUCAGGUUUGGAUAAUGUAAAGUCUUUGGAGAGCUGUGAUCGUGAUGGAUAUAAUGCAGUCAUAUUUUUAAAAUAUACUUAUAAGAGUUAUUACGUAAUUAUACAGUGGGUACGAUCGCGCGGCCGCGUCGCCGCGUGACGUCGGCGGUGACGUCAGCGGUGACGUCACCGCGUGUCGCGAGUGGCGCCGGCCGCGGCACAUCUGCGCACAGAUGUAUUUAUCAUAUCAAAAAAGCAAUAACUAUUAUUUGAUAAAGAAGGAUUUUUCAUUUUUAAAUACUAUUUUAACCAAGUUGUUAUAAAUGUAGUUAGUAAAUUGGAUAAAAAUUAUUUGAGGAGUCCGGCGGUCAUUUACAGCGUUCUUUUGAACAAUUCUCGUAAUUAUAAUAAUUCACAUUGAAUACGUCAUAUCAAUAUAUAUGUAGUUAUUUUUCACGGUUUACAUUUUGUACGCGUUGUACGAAUGACGUGACCACGUAACAUCAGAUCGUGCACACAGACCGGCCUUGUGUCUAGUGUCCAUAGGUACUGGGUACUCGGUACCGGGUACCCGGUACCGGGUACUUGGUACUCGGUAAUCCAACGCCGCUACCGUUUAACGACGGUUAUCGGUUUCUCACUUUAGAUUGCUAACGAGAUGGCCGACAAUAAUAUUGUUAUAACGUGUUGUGUCGAACAAAUUAUUAUAACUAAAAAUACUCACGGGUGUAAUGGCCUUCUUUGCUAAGCAAAACUUCGAUGUUAAAUUAGGUUUUAAAUAAUUAGAAUUGUUAUAAAUUUAAUAUCGUGCGUUUCUACACACAACUGCAUCGGGUAAUGCGAGUGAAUGCAAUGUUUAGUUAAAACCACUUACCAAUACUCAAAGUUAAUUUGCGUGAAUCGUUAGUUCCUAGUCGAGGUUACAAAUGUGUGUAAUAUGUUUGGGAAGGUUCGAAUAUGUAUUAUUAUUAAGAGGCUCGAUGUCGAACGGCUAUCGGUUGUUUCCGCUGAGGCGGCUCUGUGCCGGUCUGAUCGUACGCUACGUACAGAGUACACUGUCGCACUUCCUUAGCAGUCAACUUAAGAGAUUGGUGUACCUAUGGAUAAUUUACAGUUACCAGAGUUAGGAUAUAUAAGUAAUCACUCAGUGCUACAUAGUGAAAUCUUACUGUUUUGUAAUAUUUUACGAUGCCAAUUGAAUGUCUUAAUGCUCAAUUUUGCCAAAUUUUACUUGCCGUUAAUGCGUCUUUAUUGUUUUCGUGUUUAAAGUCGGAUAGAUGCAAACAUUCCCGUCGCCAACGUCUGAAUCGAAACUGAAAGGGAAUGAACAGAUUGCUCAAUGUAACAAAUGUAUUUGUUUUGUAGCUCAUAAAACAUUCGCAUUGAACGUGAAACGUUUCGGCCCCAACUAAAUUAUAUCAUUAGAAAAUUAAAAUGGAAAAUUUAAUUGUAAUUUAUUAAUGAUAAAUUGAGAGUUAAAUGAAUUCGCAAGUAUAAAUACUUUGUGGCGAAUGAUCGAGAUGCAAUAUGUUAAUUUAGUGCCAAAUGAUAAGUUAACUUGUAGCAAUAUAUUGUAUCCUAAUGCUCUUGUGUAAUUUCUCACGUAGUGUUAAUGACCUAUGAGGUUUCAAAUGUUUCUUUUACAAGACUAUAAUAUAUUUAUACAGGGAAAGUGUUAGAUAUGUACUGUUGUUUGGAUUUAAGAGUGUUGUUGAGGUAUAAUACUCAUGUGGCAGGGUGUAAAAAUAAACAUUACCUCCGGAGUACCUAAUACACGUUCGUAUAUGAUACGGAUACAAUUUUGGCCGUCUUUUCUAUCUUAGAAUAGUUUUGAUACGUAUGAGUAUAUUCUGUGAACCGUUAUUUAUAAAGAACCAAUCGCCAAAAGAGACACGGUACCUCCGCGCCAUCCCGCGGCGGGACACGCUAGCCGCUGCGAGUGACGCGAGUGAUGCGAGUGGCGACAGGGUAACGAGAAACCACGUUCAAAACGGAAUGCUUCCUUUGCUGUCACACUUAUUUAUUUUUACACUCUGUUCUAUAAGCACUGAAUGAGCAAUGGAACAAGAGAAUUUAUUUACUCAAAUAAGUUUUUUUUUUAUUAAUUAUUUACGAUAAUUUUUUUUACUAAAUUUUAAUAUACAUUAUUUUGCAUUUUAUGAUUGUAAUGGCAGCUGUCCAUGGAGCGGCGGGCGAUGCGAUCGCUCGCUGCAUUUAGGGUUUCAUAAAUAAAUUAGAAACGAUACAUCGAACAUGACACAUGGGGCACAAAAUAUUGAUAAAACGCUUAAGUUAUCUUCGCUUGCUAUUUGUAUUAUAAUAAUCGAAAUCUAAAUAACAUUGAUCGUUCCUGAUAUUAGUGUCGGUCGAAGUGAGCCGUUGUGAAACCCUAAUCGAGGAAUAAUCAAAGAGAUACGGGCAGCUUGCAAACACUGUAGGCGGCGAUCGUCUUGUCCGAUCUCUUAGUACUAAGAUCGCCAUAUUAUGUAACAAGUUGUGCAUUUGCAUCACCUAGUCCUGCCCGCGUCUGUUUGGGUGAACCUUACAUUUUCACUGAGCGGAUAAAUUCUACCUAAUAUACAUAAUAUAUGUAAAUGUGUAAAGAGAACAACAUCGAUGCCGCUGUGCUCUGACGACACAGCGUUGUGCCAAAAUUACGUGCUAGUCUUUAAAAAGAAAUGUUGUUAUCAUUUUCAGAUUUUAUUUAGUCCAGAAUGUGUUUGUUCCUGUGCUGUGAAAUAUAAUCUAACAAACCAACACUUGACUCCAGCGCGUCAGGUGGUGGUGUGAGACGUUAUGUGAUGGGUUUACGCGAGGUGUUUGGAAAUAACGUAACAUUUAUUAGGCUAUUCUUAUUUAAACCAAACAUAUCUGUUAGGUAAAUACUAUUAUUUUAAGUGAAUCAAAAUUAUGUAUGUGAUGAUUACAUUUUUCUAUGGAAGCUGCAUAAUAGUUUACACUUGUGUAGCAUAGUUAUAAAAUGUUCCAUAUCACGUCAAUUGGACGCGCUUGAUUGACAGCCACGAGCCGGGAGCAAAAGACUGAAGCAUUAAAAGACUUUGUGGUCUGAUCUCAUACCGUAAUGCCGAGUUUGUCCAAGGAUGUGUGAAUACAAUGCAACAGGCGAUUUGUAGUUCGACAACGAUUUAAGUAUGUACAUAUCAAUAUUAUUGAAUUUACAUCGAAUCAAGGCUAAUUCUUAAUGUAAUAAAAUAUUUUAUAUUAGCCUUAGAAAUGUCCAUUCAAGAAUUUGCUUGAACACUCGCUCGUAGUUGUCGAUCAACCGCUCAGGGCAAUGACGAGUCGUUAUUAUUGUCUUGCAUAACGAAGAGCUGUGUUGGUUUGUUACAAUGUCUAUAGUAUUUAUGAGAAUGCACAUAAUAAUUUAGCUUCGAGCUCGUGCAAUAUUAUUCCAAAUUGUUUAUACAUAAAACUGUUAUAAUUAUUUCUAAAUUGUUAUAUAAAUAUUUUUAUAAACAUAAAAGACAAAGGCAACUUAAAUUAUAUUUUUGUUGUGCAUUUAUUAAUAAAUUUUAUCAAAUACUAAACCACAAACUCAUUGUGGACUGUAACAUCUGCACCUGUGAAAACUGUUAAUUAGGUACAGUAGAUGGUGUUUAUGUAUUGCUAAUAUUGUGAGUCAAUUCUAGUAAUGUUAAUGUUCCCUUUUUAUUUAGAAUAAUUUACUUUUAUUACAAAUUAAUAUCGUAAGAUUGCUCAACAGAGAUGCAAUGCUAACUGCAAUUUGUAUGGAAUAAUUUGUCCUUUUUAUAUGAUUUAUUUAUCUGAUGUAUCAGUUUAUUCAUUUGUGAGUUACGGCAGCGCAUGUUAGUCUUAUGUUACGAUUAAGAGAGGCCAAAUGUUGACUUGCUUAUGUGAGACUGUUUUGCCAAGAAUCAGAAAGUAUAUUACCUACAUUGUUUUAAAAUAAAUGCUUUUAUAUAAAAA